GCAGCGUCGCGUUUUGGAUUUUUCUCUAAUAUGUCGAACAUCAUGGAAACAAGUGACAACGAAAUACUUUUCAUCGUAAAAAGCACGCCCGGUAACCGUCAAAGGGAGCCAACAGAGUCAGAUCCGGUGGUCUCCACAUUGCACAACCGUAAAGUAUACAAAGGAGAUACAACAAUACUGGCCGCAGAGUUUAGCGCCAAGUCAAGCGUUAUUAUCGAGUGGAAGAAGAACGACUUUACAAUAUACAAGGAGUCCCCACAAUAUCACGCUGGACAAAGCAUUCUUAUCAUCAACAACGUUCAACACUGUCAUCAUAAGAAGAAAUACAGUGUUUCUGUGACUGACUCGAAGGGGCGCCGGGUCUCGUCUUCUUCCAAAAUGAAAGUCCGUCGUGACUCUGGCAGCAAGAUCAGCAGUAGCAGCAGCAGUGAUUCUGACGAGUAACGCUAUCCUAUUACAUGUACUUACAACAGGCUUGAUAUCCUGCAAAGAAUCUGCGCGCAGUUUGACACUCAGUAUCUGGUAUCCUUCCAGGCCGUGUGGAUAGCAUGCUCUUCCUCUCUCAAGAAAUCCCCACUUUGGACAUCCUAACAUAAACCUAAGGAUUUAAUUUAUUUGGAACAUGGCCUACUCGUUUCAAAGCCACACAAAUCACUUCUCGUUUUUAUGAACAUUGGGAGCGGAAGGCCGGAGGGUAUGCUUAAAACUUUGAGUUUAUGAAGCUUUGUGUUUUUAUUGUGUCCGUUAUAACUUGCUGGAUUUGUUAACACUUGCUAUUACAAAGCUUUCGUUAUUAAGAAGACUGGAAGAAUACAUUUUCGAACUUACAAUUUAAUUUGCUCUUCAUAGCAAAAUACAAUUACAUAUAACAUGAGAAUAAUUUGUGAGAAAUUUUCAAACAGUGACAAGGAAUUACCAACAAUAACAUUUAUCAAAAAUCCAGACAUUAAUAACUACCGAAUUCAAGAACCAUUCCUCUUAAAAAAUUUUUUUUUCAUUAUAAGUGACUUAUAGACAUGUAGAGGUUGUACUUGGCCUAUGAAAUGACACACGUGUUCAGAAAACUGGUUUCGGUUGGGUUACUAGGAACAUGUAAGUCGAAGCUCUAGUUUAUUUAAAAGUCACUUCCGGGUUCAGCUGCAAAAAUCCAAAGGACGUGUGUCCUUUCCAUUUUCCAUUAACACUCAUCUACUCAAUUCAAUUUUUAUCAACGGUUUUGUUAUAAAAUAUUCCCAUUUGUCACCUGUUUGAACGAUUAUGAAAACAGUAUUGAACUUGCAAAAUUUA